UCCGUCGUGGCGGUUUAUUGGCUGCAGGCGGAUCACAAAACAAAACGGCUUCAACAACUUGUCAGUUACUAGUUUAUAUAUCUGUCACGGUGUUGCCAUGGAGGAGGUGACCCGCCUGGUGUCGACAGGAGACUGUGUGAAGAUCUGGGAUGCGGUUUCCAUGGCACCGCUGGAGCAGUUUAACCCUCACAGUAUCAGCCACCCUGUUGCACAGGCCUGCUGGAGCUCCAACAACCAGUACCUGGUCAGUGCCAGCAGCAGUGGAGACAAACUGGUGGUUUCCAGCCUCAAAUCGACUCCUCUUCCAGUGGUGGAACUUGGCGAGGGGAAAAAGCAAACCCGUGUGAGUCUGAGUUCGUCGUCUCAGUUUCUGGUCAGUGGAGGUCUGGAUCACUCUGUUAACAUCUGGGACCUGAAGACUAAGAGGCUUCACCGCUCUCUCAAGGACCAUAAAGAAGAGGUGACCUGUGUGUCCUUCAACGCCAAUGACAGCUACAUCGCCUCCGGUUCCACCAGUGGAGAUCUGGUCCUCCACAGUCUGACCACCAACCUGUCCAGUAAACCCUUCGGACACGGCAGCAACCAGCCCAUCCAUGACCUGAGGCUGUCCAUGCUGAAGCGCUCCCUGCUGGGCAGCGUCUCUGACAGCGGUACCGUCAUCCUGUGGGACUCCAACACCCAGAAGGAGCUCCACAUGUUCGACAGCGCCCACAAGGCCCCGGGCACCGGCCUGGCCUUCUCCCCUGCCAGUGAGCUCCUGGUGGUGAGCGUCGGUCUGGACAAGAAGAUCGUCUGCUACGACACGGCCAGCAAGAUUGUCCUGAGGUCAAUCCGGGUGGACAGUCCACUGACCUCCGUGGACUUCACUCCAGACGGCACCGGUCUGGUAGUGGGGUCCACUCAGGGGAAGAUCUACCAGUACGACCUGAGGAACUCCAGCGCCCCCACCAGGAUUACUACGGCACAUAAAACCUCAGUAACCUGCCUGCGUUUCCAAAGCAACACCAGCAAACACAAGUCCAGUAAACUGGGUCCCACUAAGAUUGCCAGUGCUAAGAGAUCCUCAGUCAAGCUGUCAAACAGCCAGCCAGACUCCACCCAUGGCACAGGCCCCACCCCCCACAGACAGGUGACAGGUACAGCAGGGAGCACUGGUGCCGAGGUGAUGUCCCGGAUGGCUGAAGGCCAACAGGGGACGGAGCAGCCUCCUGUUGUGGAGAAGUUCAGCAGCGUUGGACGAAACAGUCUGGACGUCUUCUCUCCUACUCGGGAAGACUGUGGGACCCAGGGGUCGACUGGAGACACACCGUUUGGAAGAACACACGUUACCAGUUUGGAGAUGCUGUCCAGAGAAGGGGAGGGUCAGCAGGUCAUCGGUCGGGCCAGUUUGGACAUCUUCUCUCCAGUCAGAGACGACUCACAUUCAGGUGCUAACUCGCACCGCAAGACCCCGCUGGGAACUCCCCUGGUAGGAGCUGCAGGGCGAUGCUACAGCCCGCUGUCUGUUUUCCAAACCCCUCCCCCUAUCAAAGAGGAGGAGCCAAUCCAUGCUGCAGCCGCUGAACCAUGUGACUCUAGAAAGUCCGACAAGGCCAGCAGCCCCAGUCUGGAAGGGGAGGAACAGACCCCGCCAACAGCAUCCCAGCACACCAAUCACAUUCAGACGGCCCCACCCUUCUUUACUCCAGAGCCCAACCUCAGGAGAGCCAAUGGUGUUCAAGCUCAGCUGAGCUACGACUCACCUGUCCAGGGAGUUCCGCCCACCACCACUGCAGGUUCAACUCUGUCGGCGGCCGUCUCCUCCUCGCUCUCCCAGAACAUCGCAAACGUGGUGGGGCAGGCGGGAGCCGCUCCUCUCACCUCCCUGCAGAUCCACUUCAUCCAGAACAUGAUCCACGAAACUCUGGAGGACUUCAGGGACGCCUGUCACAGAGACAUCGUCAACCUGCAGGUGGAGAUGGUCCGACAGUUUUACAUCCAGCUGAAUGAGAUCCACGGUCUGAUUGAGAAAUACUCUGUGAACGAGUCUCUGGUGGAGGAGGUGGAGAGGCUGAGAGAAGAGAACCGCAGGCUGAGGACCAACUACUGACGCUCUGUUCCUCACUAGAGAUGGUUACGGUCAACGGUUUGAAUUUUCAUCUGCAGCCAAAACAAGAGUCUCAACCUGUGGGAGAGAAAAUCUAAAGUCAGAAUAAAAUGAACACUGCCUGACUGCUGACUGAAGAGGACGAACUGUCACUGCCUCUCUUCAGUCAGACUGCUGCGGCUGCUGACGAUGACUGCAGCAUGACUGAAGUCGAUGUGUUUUGUAUUUGAUGAAUGAGCAGAUAGUGUGAUAAAAUGUCCAACUGAGUCCAUCAAAUGGAAACAAACUCCAGUCUGAGGAUGUUUAAUAAAACGUAAAUUCACAAUUUCAGACGGACGUUUUCUCACAUUAUCAGUAGCUUCGUGUGUGUGUGCCUCGAUCAUGUUUUUAUUAGUAAGAAACAGUCUGUCUGAAGAAUAAAAAGGUUCAUAUUGAAAUUAAAA